AUGAAAGGAGAUUAUUAAUUAUAAUCAAUUAAGAAUCCUUAAUCAGAUACUCAUUUUCUUUAUAGAGUAAUUAUAUCUGUGAUAAUAGUUAUUUGUACUUUUGGCAGAAAAUUUUAUUGCUUAAGGAAUUGUAAAUAUAAAUAUUCCUUUUGCAUAUUUAAAUAUAUCAUUUAAUUUUGAAGGAUUGAAAGAAGUGUUUGAUGCAGUAUUUGAUAAUGAAAAUAUAAAGGUUUAGAAAUUAAAGUGA